CGUUCGUCUGCUUGCCGCGUCGUCUGCGUCGCCCCUUCCUUAGUCGCCCCUUGCUGUGAACAGAUAUUUUUGACAUAAAUUAUUGUGGAUUUCUUUCUGCUCUGUAAGAGUCUCAGCUCACACUCCCAGUCCUCUUGCUUUUGACAGCACAGCGGUCGGUGGAUUGUGGCGCCAUAAGGACCAUGAAUGGAUACGGAUAUUCUGGCCAAGGAGUAACAGCAGAUCAAUGGAACAACAAAAGCAAUUCUGCUAUGUCCAAGAUGGAACACACAUUUUGGGUCACAAAACAGAGUGUUUUUCGCAAGUUUGGGAAAAAAGAAGAUGAAUGCAUUGUUGCAUCUGAUGCGGAGCUUGAUGCAAAACUAGAACUUUUCCGAUCUGUUCAAGACACGUGUUCAGAGCUCCAAAGAAUUCUUGACAAAUACCAAGAACGUCUUUGCAAUUUAGCUCAAGAAGAAAGUGCUAUGGGAAGAUUUUUAAAGGAGUGUUCAAAGCGAGAUCAAACAAAUGCUGGCAAAGCUAUGAUUAGUGUCGGUCGAGCUCUCUCCUACUCUGGGCAGCAGAGACUUGCUUUGCGAGUUCCUCUUCAACGUCUUUAUCAUGAAGUUGAAACAUUUCGUCAGCGUGCAAUUGAAGACACUUUACUCAAUGUAUCUGCAAUGGAACGGCAGAGGACAGAAUAUCGUGCUGCUCUUAGCUGGAUGAAAAACAUUUCUCAAGAACUAGACCCUGACACCCAUAAGCAGCUGGAAAAGUUUAGGAAGGUCCAAGGCCAGGUUCGACAAAGCAAAGAUAAUUUUGAUCGCUUGAAAUUGGAUUGCCUGCAGAAAGUUGACUUGUUAGCAGCUGCAAGAUGCAACAUGUUUUCGCAUGCUCUCACUUUAUACCAACAAGCCCUUAUUCAGCAUGCUCGUAGAGCUCAUCGUGCAUUUGGUACUGUUGCCAAUGAUAUCAAAGGCUACCAGCACUAUGAGUUUUCUGUGGUUCCGGAAUUAACUGAAGAGUCCUCUCGCCUGGCAAGACAGUCUAAAGAAAAAGAUAAGUCGCAGGGAGAAGAGAGGCAAGAUGAAAAAGAUGGGCUUCUUUUCUUUGAUACUGAGUACCAUGAUGACAAAACAGAAGGUGUGCAGUCAUCUUCUCAAAAGCAGAAGUCAGACAGCAUGCAGAACUUGUUGAACAGUGCAGGAGAGCAAGGUGUCCUUCCUCUUAUUCCUUUAGACUCAGAGGAGUCCAUUAUGCCUUCUGAACCAAGUGGAAUUUCUACCUUAGACCUCCUGGCAUCUGAUUGCCUCAGCCAAUUAGAUGAUGUGUUGGGGAAUUCUUUCUCUGACGGAGUUCCUGCAAGUGUGUCUGAAGAAUGGGAAUCCUUGUUUACGAACAAUGAUUCUAGUGCAUCGGUUGGUGAUGGAAUCUCUUCAGAAAUUUCACCCGCAGUCGAAAAUAGUGAUGGAUUCUUACCUUCCCAACUUCUUGACAACUUUGCUUCAUCCUUGAAGCUUGAGCUCUCGACUAAUCCUUGUGGUUCAAACGUUAAAGCAAAGGAUGAUUCAACUACGCCAAGCAGUGCUGCAGCCUCAUCAGAACUAAGCUUCAUGUCAAGUCUAAUGGCCAAUUUGAAGCCCCAAGCUCCUCCUCCAAGCCAGACAACAGCAACAUUACUUCCAAGCCCCACAGGCUCUAAUCAAUCACCAAAAAUCAAGAAUGAGGCUCAAAACAAAAUGAGUAGCACAAGUAAGAAGGAUAUGUCAGCCUGGUAUGAUCUCUUUGCCGAUUUAGAUCCCUUAGCCAACCCAGAUGCACUGGACUCCAAAACCCUAGAAGAGGAGCGUAACUGUUAACAUAUUUGCUGUAUGAUGAGAUCUAUAUUCUAUCUGGCACAUAAAGUUAUUAUUAUCACCAAACUCAUAUUUUUUUUAUUAACUUUUUUUGAGGUGUUGUGAUUCUUGCAAGUAGCCAUAGUAGCUUUUUGAGACAAGUACUUCCAAUUGUUUUGUUUGUACGUUUUUUGCACAGGACAUAACAAGAUGUGUGGGUUAUGCUGUGCCUAAUUAUUUUUGCAAGGAUCUUGAAUAAUAACAUAUUGAUUGAAUUUAUGGAAAUGAAGGGACCAUCUCUACUGUACAUUUUGAAAUUGUAGGGCAGUUCGAGUAGCCUCAUUUUUUUGAUAAAUUGCAUGGAGUGUCCAGAUUGUGGCAUGUUUAUUCUUUUGUUCUUGUUUUUAUAUGAAGAAACUAAAUCUGUUAUAGUUAUUUCUAUUUUAACUACAUAGCAAAUAAACUAGGGUUGUCUUUCCUAUAAAUUAAAAAAAAGGUAAAAAAGUUACUUAAUAAUCCAUCUUGUAUACAUGGAUUAUGGAUUUGUUUACCAUGUAUUCAUUUACAUUGCUGAAAACUGUGCUAUUUGAGCUGUUUCCAGCCACAUCAUUAUAUCAAAAUUGUGUGAACAUGGAAAACUGAAGUCUCAGGACAGUGGAAGGAGAGAUUUUAUAUCCACCUGGCUUGCUGUUUGAGGUAGAUAGAAAGUAAUUUAAUGAAAAAUAAGUAUUUUAGCCUAGCUAAGCUGAAACGAAUCAGUCACAUAAUUUUUAUACAAGUGUAUUGUAUCCUAAUGUCUUCAUUCCAGCCAAGUGUUUAGAGUUUCUGAAAUUGGUCUACUUGUUAAAGAUAAAUAGUCUAUUCCAAGGAGAGAUAACAUGAACUAUUUUAAGAAAGUUUCAGAAUAACUAUUAUUCUGUAAAUUGCAUUUUCUGAGUUCCUUCAUUUUGCUUUUAUACUUACUUGAUGCUUGAACUCCUCUUAAGCCAAAGAUACAAGUUGUUAUUACAAAUUAUUGCCCUUAAACUUCGUAUUUGCAUGUCUCAGCAGAGGUAAUAUGCACUAGUCAAAAUCAACGACAGAGAGAGAAAGAGAGACUCUCACUAGUCAUUAGUCAUUGAAUAUUUUCUGUGUGUUAUGGUUGAGGAUGGAGUGGGUGGCUUCACUUGCACUAAGAUUCAAAUAAAAAUGACUACAAUCAUAA